AUGCAGUCAAUUCAAGUUGUACGUAUUCGAUGGAAAAAGGGAACAGAAAAAGUUCCUGUUAAUCCACACGAUACAAUAGGAACUCUUAUUCAAUAUAUGGUUAACAAAUUUGAAAUAAAAGAAGAAAUUUCAACUUUAAUUCAAGAUAAAACGAAAACAGUUCUUCAAAAGCGCAUAAAAUUAUCAAGUCUUGAUAUGGAGAAUGGAGAACUAUUUGAAUUAUCACUCCCUUCAGAUGCAAAUCCAAAUAAAGAUUCAAAGACAUCAAAACCAGAUACACCCAUUGACGAUCAUCAAAGAAAUGUAUAUACAUUAGAUUACUUUAAAGAUCAUAAUCCAACAAUUCAAUUUCAAAAAUAUGAAAAUUCGAUUUUGAAAAGAGUUCUUUUCCCUUCAGCAGAAUUACAGAGAAUUGGAAGAAUCAGCAAUGCUUUACAUUUCAAUUCUACACAAAUUUUCCUUCUUUAUGGUACUACACCGAAUCCUGCUGCAAUUCGCAUUCACGCUCUAUCUUUACCAUCACAGGAGUGCACAGGAGAAGAAUUACUUAUCAAUGAAUCUCAUAUUAAAGACUCUCAUCACGUUGCUCUCGCUUGUGGAUUAAAAUUUUUAGGAUUCCUUAUCAUAUCUCCGAAAACAAAUGUGCCAAUUGCUCCUCAUUUACUUAUAAAGCUUAUGCCAUUAAUAUCAGAUGAUUUAGAAAGUUUUAUUUUUAUUCGAAGUUUACCAACGCUAAAAUCCAUGGUUGAUUCAGUUUCCUGCAAUUUAGAAGCAUAUUCCGUUAGCAAACAAUUCAUUGAUAUGUACAGAAGAGGUCUUUUCACUGGAGAAUCAACAGAUACUUCUUUAAUUACGAAAUCAACUGUUCUUGUAUCAGCAAAAUCUUUGAAAGAGGUCGAUGUAUCAUAUUUUGUUACUCCUUUGGCAACUAAACUAAGAGAAAGCUGGUUCCCGAGUAAUUCUUUUCCAUAUCAAAGCUUUUAUCCAACAAUUGCUGACUUUGUUGCAAUCUGUUAUAAAUUUAUAGAUGUUCCUAACUAUAUCCGCUUCUUAGAUUUUAAUUUACUUCUAUUUUGUUGUACAAUCUUCGAUAGAGAGGAGGAAGUCCCACUUAUUGCUAGAAGCUGCAUCGCAAGAGAUGAUAUACCAGAUAAAGUACUUGUUAAGAUUGAAGAAAUGAUUGAUGCUCCUUUAAGAAAAUUAAUGAAUUAA